AUGCUGUGCUUGGGGUUGAAGAUUUGUAUCGCAACAGCCACGCACUUCCAGAUCAACUACGCGGUGAUCUUCCUGAUACAGAUGCUCGUCGCCAUCAUCACCAAUCCACAGUGCUUGGUGGUGAUCUCGGUUCUCGCCAUCAUUUGGAUGAUGUUCCUGAAGAAGAACGACGACCCCAACUGGGAGGUUAGCAUCGGCGGCAUGCAGCUGGGCAAGACACAGCGCUGGAUGGCCCUGAGUGCCAUUACGGCCAUCGUCCUUCUGUCCGUGGUCGGGCAGGUCUUCUUCUCGGCGACCUUCUUCUGCGGCAUCCUGGUGAUUGUGCAUGGUAUCCUCCACCCCGUUCCAGAGCCCACCUUCGGGGACGAGAUCAACGACGUGCUGUGA